AUGGAAAACAGAGAUCCUAACAAUCUUAAUGAUCACGUUAAGGUGAUGUUUGAAGAUGUUUUGGCAGAACCGGAAGGAGCUCAUAGUGCCGAUUGCGUUUGGCGUAAUUCAUAUAAAUGUUUCAACUGCAGCAAAAACUGCUGUUACAUGUUCCUCACGUUCCUGUGUGGUCUACCACUAGCCUUAUGUUGGGGAUGUGAGUUUGCGAUGAUCACUUUCCAACACGUCUGGCAGAUUACACCAUGCCUUAGAGUAUUUAUGAUCAACUUGGGAUGUGCUCAGAAAUUCUUCGGUACCUGUAUUAACUGUUGUCUGGCGCCGAUCUGUGAAGCUAUGGGAUUGUGUUUCAGCAAUAUACAGGUCAAGAACAGUUCAUAA